AUUUUUUACAAUCAACUUUUAUAUUGCAAGAAAAAAAAAAAAAAGAAAUUUUGCAAAUUUUGAAUUAAUUAAAAUUACUUUAAAAUAUUUUAAUUUGUGAAUAACUGCAAAAAAUUAUGGGAUAUGAUUUAAAUAGGUUUCAAGGAACAGUCGAUGAAGAACUACAAUGCCCAAUAUGCUCUGGAGUCUUAGAGGAACCUCUACAGGCUGCUAUGUGUGAACAUGCAUUUUGUAAAGCAUGUAUAUCAGAAUGGUUAUCAAGGCAGCCUACCUGUCCAGUUGAUCGUAAUACUCUAACUAUGGCAAAUUUACGUGCUGUUCCUCGAAUUUUAAGAAAUCUUUUAUCACGUUUAUCAAUAUCAUGCGAUAAUGCAAUAUACGGAUGUAAUUUAAUAUUAAAAUUAGACGCUCUUAAUUCUCAUUUAGAUGACUGUGAACAUAAUCCAAAAAGACCAUUACCAUGUGAAAAAGGUUGUGGAUUUGUAAUACCUAAAGAUGAAUUUAAAGAUCAUAAUUGUGUACGUGAAUUAAAAACAUUGAUAACAACUCAACAACAAAAAUUAACUGAAUUAAAAACAGAAAUAGCCGAUCAAAAUUUAACAAUUAAUGAAUUAAAACGUGAAUUGCAAUUAUUCAAAGAUUUUAUGAGAGCGAUGAGAGUAUCAAAUCCAGCAAUGCGAGCUAUAGCUGAUCAAAUGGAACGUGAUGAAGUAAUUAGAUGGAGUAGCACAUUAGCUCGAGCGCGGGUUACUCGUUGGGGUGGUAUGAUAUCAACGCCAGAUGAUGCUUUACAAAUGAUGAUUAAACGAGCUCUAUCAGAAUCAGGAUGUCCUCCACAUAUUUUGGAUGAUUUAAUGGAAAAUUGUCAUGAAAGAAGAUGGCCUCGAGGUUUAAGCUCUUUAGAAACUCGUCAGAAUAAUAGAAGAAUAUAUGAUAAUUAUGUAUGCAGAAGAAUUCCAGGGAAACAAGCUGUGUUAGUAUUAAGUUGCGAUAACGCACAUAUGGCAGAAGAUGUAAUGGUAGAUCCUGGUUUAGUAAUGAUUUUUGCUCAUGGAAUAGAAUGAAACUUUUUUCAUUAAAAUUUUUAAAUAGUAAUGAAAUUGGAUCAGACUAAAUAAAUAAAAUUUUCAAUAUUGAAAAUCAUGUACUUAUUAAGGAGUAUGGAUCUCACAGAAAUUGUAUUAAUAAUAAUAUUCAAUGCAUAUUGUUCAAAACAUAUUUUUUCACCA